UCUAUUUUGCACAUUUUAUUACAUUUUUACCCCUACAUGCCUACAUCAACUUUUUUACUUCCCAUCUUUAUUUUAUUACAAAAAUACCACUUACUCAUCAUUCCCAUGCACAGACACGUGUGCCAUCCCCAUCACACAUCAAUCAAAUCCCACUCUCUUCCCUCUCUUUUUUCCUUUUCUUUUAAUUUGAUUUUUUGAUUUUCCUUCAGUUUUUUUGUUGUUUGGAAGAUCAAUAACCUCCAUUGAUUAGCUUAACCACCGAUUAUUCAUCACGUUUUUCCCUCUCGUUUCUUGUUCUUCCAAAAAAUUUCAACUCCCACUCAACCCACGAUUCCUCAACUGUUUUUCCCUCUCAGUUUCCUCUUCUUUCAAAUUUAUUUAUAAAAUGGCCAUCACUCGUUCAUCCUCAUCUCCUUCCCCAGUUCAGAAACAAAAAUCGAAAAUGGGCAAGAAAACUUUGGCUAACAAAUCAAAGGGUAAACGCCCGAUCGUUGAAGAGUAUGAUUCUGAUUUUGAUGCUCCUCUGACCAAGCGUGGGAGGCCACAUACUUCGAAGAAAUCAAAGCUCAAUGUGGAGGAGCAAGUGGUCCAAGAAAUUUCUGGGAAAAAAGCUAGUGCCUCUGCCGAGGUUCGAACAGAGGUUGGUUUUCAGUUUCAUUCUCGUUUCCCCCUUUUUCAACAUUUAGUCUUUUCCUUGAUUUUUGCGUUUUUUUGUUCAUUCUGCUUUGUGUAAUUUUAGGGUUUCAUUUUGAACAUUUUCGUUUUAUCUUGUUUAAGUUUUUAGGUCUUUAUUGUUGGUUUUGAGCAAUUUAUUUUGUUUUUUUCUGGGUUUGGUUUUUAAAUUUGAUUUUUUUUUCUUUCUUUUCAGUGUUUUUUUUUUUUUGCGUUUUAGGUUAUGUAUUUUGUUUUCGUUUUUAGUGUGUACAAUCAGUUGUCUGUAGUUUCUUAUUAGUUUUUUUAUAGUUUAAUGUUGUUAUGUUUGAUGUGUUUUUCGAUUUUCAUUAUGUCUAGUUGUUUGCUGUUAGUUUUUAGGUUUCAAAACGAUUUCAGAUCUUUGCUGUUUAUUUAUGUAUAGUUGUAUCUGUUUGGUAGUUUGUUUUUGGUUUGUUGCUAGUUUUAUUGUAGUUGUCAUACUGUAUUAUUCACGAUUAAUAAUUUAUUGUGGCCAUUUUGGUUAUGUUGCAGGUUUGGGACUACAAAUGUAGUCCUACUGAUUACUAUAGAUCUAAGUGUGUUUGCACUAGUCUUUUUUCUGUCAUAGAUAAUAUUAAGAAAACUUUGUCAGUUAAUUUACUGUUUAUGUUUCGUGAAACUCAGUUUGGUCAUUUUCUAGAUAUGCCUGAGUUUGUUUUUCAUCCGCAAAUUGUCCAUAGUUUAUUACUAAGGGAAGUUUUCCAGCCCAAUCCUAAAGAGUUUUGGGCUAAGGUUGCUGGUCGUUGCAUACGGUUUAGUGCAGAGGAAUUUUAUUUGAUUUAUGGAAUUGAUUGUUUCGGUGAUUGGAACAAGUUGUUGUUUCACAGGAAACAAAUCAGUUGGUAGAAAUCUGUUUUCGUGGUGUAAAAACCAUUGACCACAAAGCCAUUGAGGAUGCUUUCUUGGGUAGUAGGUGGGGUUUGGAUGAGUCCCUUGGUUUGAAAAUGGUUGUUUUGUAUUUUAUUCAGUGUUUUCUUCUUAGUAAUACUCUUGAUAAAGAAGUAUCUAGGUUUGAUCUAGAUGUUGUGGAUAGCGGUCGGUGGGACGAGUAUUGUUGGGGUAGGGAAUCCUUUGAAUUGACUAUUGAUUCUUUCAAAGGUAGAAUUCAGCAUGGGAUUUUAAUGAAAAAUAAGAAGGCGGAGAAGGGAGGCCAGUCUGAUGGUUGGUAUAGGGCUUUGGGAUGUCCAUGGGUUUUUACGGUUUGGUUUUAUGAAUGUUGUCCUGCUAUGGUGAACUCUUUCUGUAAAAGAGUUUCAUCUUCUAUUACAAGAAUUCUGAACUAGAGCAACACCAUUGUCACCAAAAAUCCAACUCUUUGAGACUUGAAGGGCAAGAUUUUUGAUUUGCCGUUGGACAAUGUAAAAUACAGUUUCUUUACUGUUUCUUUUCAGUUUUAUUUAUGUUGUUAAUUUUUAGUUUUUUAAAUUGAUUUUAUAUUUUCAUAUUCUGAUUGAUUAUGUUGUUCAGUUGAAGAUCAAAAACAUGUGUCCUACUGAUGAAGAGAGGCAGAAGCUUCAACUUGACGGUUUAUUUCUUGAUGAGUCUAUUGAUGACCGUGGUGUAGCGAAGCAAUCAUUUGAGAGUGGGUCAUCUUCAAAGAAAUCUGAUUCAGCGGAUAUUGAUUUGAUGAAAUCUAAGUUGGAGAUGGUCAUUUCAAAUCAAGCAUCAUUGGCCGAAGACUUCAUAUCCUUGAGGUGUUUUGUUGAUCUUAAUUUCAAGUCCGUAAUGACUGUAAUUAAGGAUAUUCAGGAGAAGGUUAAUGCCAUUCAUCGUCGUCCUUCUGAUGAGGUAUUUAUUCAUAGUUUAUUGUUUAUAUUUUUUCAUAUUUUUUUUAGUUUCUUUACUGUUUCAUUUAAGUUGCAUUUGUGUUGCUUGAUUCAGGGAAAGUCAUCUGAUGAAUUAGUAACUCAAGAUUCUGAUGAUGAUGGUGAUGAUGAUGAUGAUGAUGAUGAUGAUGAGGAUGAUGAGAAGGAACUGCCUGAUCCAGAAAAUAUUGAUUCCGACUCCGACGAUGGUGGUGAGUUGGUUAAAGUCGGUGGUGAUGCUGAUGAUGCUGAUAAGGUUGUUACUGAUGUUGCCCCUGCUGAUGUGAAUCUAUCUGAGGCUGUUGGAGGCAGUGAUGAGAAUGCUAAGGAUGUUGAGAAGCCAAAGGGCGAUGAGUCUCGAUUAAAGGGGGACGAUUUCUUUGAUGGGUUAAGCCAGCUUGAAAUAGAUGAUGAUCAAGUUGUGUUGGCUGGCUUGGACGCUGUUGGUAAAAUCCAUGUCAGUGUAUUUUUAUUUGUUUGCAAGAAAAUUAGGUUUCUUUUUGGUUGCUCAAUAGUUUUUAGUUUGUUUUGCAGCUGUUUAAAUUCAGUCUUUCUUUUUUAGGUCCCCGCACCCAAUCCAGAUGUUGUUGGUCAAAAGUCAGCUGCCCUUCAUACUGAUGAAGAAACUGAGGACACUGACUUUGAUACAUCUCUGUUGGAUAAGAAGAAGCGUGCUCCGGCCUUGAAAUCUCCUUUUGUUGAUUUCGGGUCUGCUGAUGUGGGGAGCACUCCAAUGGAGCUAAUGUCCUCAGGUUCUCAAUCAGCUGGGGAUGAUAGGGAUUUUAAAAUGGUGACUUAUGUGAAGGGCCUUUAUGCUCUUAAUGAUGCAUUUGUUGAUCCCGUAUCUCUUGAGAUUGAGGCAAAGUUUGACGCGUGGAUUGGUCAAGGCUUGCUUAAAUAUCCUAGGUGACUGUUUUUAUUAAAUCUGUAUUUGUAUUCUGUUUUAUUUUUCAGUUUUAUUCUGGUUUUAAUGUUGUUUUUUUGUUGUUUCUUUGUUGUUUUAGGCAUUACAAUUGUUAUGUUGAUGGCGCAAAGAAAUUUACCCCGGGUUUUAGGCUAGGUGUUGAUUAUGUGGAGGAUAAAACUUGGUUUUAUCAUUUGGCUACAUGCGACAUGUUUAUAAAUGACUCGGUAAAGUUUACAUUUUCCAUUGUAGUUAUGAUAGUUGGUUUUCAGUUGCUUUUUAAAUGUUUUUAAGUUUUGAUACUGUAUUAUAGUUUUUAAACAGUUGUUCAACCUUUUCAUUUGUGUUUCUGUGAUGUUUUUGUUUCAGCAUAUGAACACCAUAUUCUAUUACCUUAGGAAAAAAGGUAAAUAUUCUUCCGCUGUGACGUUGAAUUUUGCGACAACUGAUUGUCUCUUUGAUGAUUCCAUCCAAGCUUUGUACCACAAAUAUAACAAAGCCAAGUCAAUGAAGACUAAGAUGUCGCACAUUCACGCUGCCCACCCAAUAGCGCAUUACAUUCGAGGUUUGCGCAUUCCGUGUUCUAAGCCUUGGUAUGAAGCCGAUCAUGUGUUAUUCAUCAUCAAUCUAAGGAGGGAAAGUCAUUGGGUGUUUGGUCGUCUUGACUUGAAUGAAGGGAUUCUGUUUCUAUAUAAUUCUUUGAGGACUGCGAAAAUGAAUGUUGCUGCUAGGAAUGCCAUGAAGGCUUAUUCUGUGUUGCUGCCUUUGUUUUUUGAUCUACUUGGUUUCUGGAAGAAUAGGUCACAUGCUCCUGCUUUAGGUUCUGACCCUACAGCUCCUUUAAGAAUCGUGGAGAUUAGUGUGAUUGCGGAGCAUAUGUCACUGCAUUUGCCGAGUUCUUUAUCCAUGGAAAGGAUGUUCCUGCGGACUUUGAUAUCGAAGUUUAUUGUACUCGGCUUGCUGCACUUUUCUUCUCAUAUGGCCAAAGGAAAAUUGAUGAAAGCAUUGAUAGCGAGGAUGAGAAGCAAAGCAAGUCUUCUAAGGCUUCUAAAUUGAAAAAAUAUGGUCUUUUAAUUUGGUGACUAUUUGGUGUUAUUGGUUGAAUCUAUUAUCAGACAAUAGUUAGUGUUAUUGGUUGAAUAUAGGUAUUAUAUUUGGUUUUAUACUUUGGAUCUGGUUUAAAACUUUUAGGAUAUUUGACAUUUAGUCCUUAUAAUAUGUUUAUUGUAUAGGUUUGUAUCAGCAAAAGUUGUAUGUUUUUCUAAUUGUUCAAGUUUUUAUAUACAGUCGCACAACUACAGAGAAACUAUUAUCCAACUGAAUACAAACAAUGUACUUAUAUUUUUAAAUUGUGCUAUGAAUGUAUUUUUAUUCCCUGUUUUUCCAUUGCUCCUUUUUCCUUUAUUUAGUUAUGUUUUAUCAAUUCUUACCUGACUGCUUUUAAAACUGUAAAGAAGAAGUUAUUCCUGUACUUAAUAUUUACGAUGUGUCGCAACUGUAACAAAACGAUAUUGCAACGAUUAAAAAACUGUUUAAAAUUUUAUGAAAAUGAAAUCCCAUGUAUUUAGAACAUAACACAUCAACCUGUUUGAAUUUGCACACAGAAUUAAACAAUUCAAAUAUUUCAUAUGUAUCUAUUUUAUUGCUUGAUUGUUGCAUGUCUUUCGAUUGUGUCCGUGUUGACCACA